UCGCCGUCUGGUACCAAAAGUCGCCUGCUACGAUCAAGAAGAUUUGACACCUUUGAUGGCAGUACAGAAUGGACUUUUAUGACAGUUCAUAGCUGGGGUGAACUUGCAUCCGGGACAUGGACAUUACAACUUGAAACGACUGAUUCAACAACAGUUUUUGGUCUGGACUCCUGGAAACUGAUCUUGUACGGUACUGAAAUGCCUGCUGCUAACAACCCUCUGGCACAAGUCUCCAAAGAACCUACAUGUGAGGAGAACAACAACAACAACACAGGGGCAAUAGUAGGCGGAGUUUUAGGGGGCGUGGCAUUGUUUGCAGUAGCGGCAUUUUUGGUUUAUAUGCUCGUGAUAAAGAAGCCUUUCAAAGAUCCUACAGUAUACCCAACUGGUACAAAUGGGCCUGCUCAUAUCAGUUAUCAAAGUUGAUGCAGAUUUGUUGCAAUGAAAAUGGUACAAAAAAGAACCACUUUUAUUCUAGACUAUAUCGGAUCUUGUAAUAUGUGUCAACUAUAUACGUUGCAAUUGUAAUUGUUUAUUAUCGUGUAAUUCUUUACUUUCAUCGUAUAGUUUUAAUACUCAUUCCUAUAUAUUUAUAUUUUUCAACUGAUAUUAUCUUUUAUAUUGUUUUGUAAGACUUGUAUAAAUCUCAAAUAAUGAUUGUAGUAUGUUUAUGUUAGUAUAUGUCUUACAUCAUUUCUAAGGACUUCUUUUCUGUAUCAAGACGUGUUCCUGUG